CAUAAAUAAAAAAUAAUAAAAAGAAAUCAGAAAAGAAAGUCGAAGGAGAAAGGAAGAAUAGAAUUUUGAAAAAUCUGUGAUUUCUGCUUAGGAUACAUUAUUCCCUUUUUCUAAUUUAUAAUCAAACGUCGUUACUGAUUCUUCCUCCGGCGAUGGACGACGACAAAUCUCCCUCCACUGUGAUGGGAAACAGAGAUAGAGAUCGUGAGCUUCUCAUCCCCGUCGCCGAUUCCGGCGACGAAAGCGAUACCUCCAGACCAUCUGCUUCCUCCUCUUCCAUGCAUCAUACCGGCCGCGAGACUUUUUCCAAAGUUGUUAGGAGCUGGGCAUCAAAAAAGUUCAUGACUGGAUGUGUCAUUCUUCUUCCAAUUGCAAUCACUUUCUACAUAACAUGGUGGUUCAUUCAUUUCGUGGACGGGUUUUUUUCUCCAAUAUAUGUUCAACUUGGAAUCGACAUCUUUGGUCUUGGAUUCAUAACUUCCAUUACCUUCAUCUUCUUGGUUGGGGUUUUCAUGUCAUCAUGGCUGGGUGCAUCUGUCCUGGGACUUGGGGAGUGGUUUAUCAAGCGAAUGCCUCUUGUUCGUCAUAUCUAUAAUGCCUCCAAGCAGAUUAGUGCUGCUAUUUCACCAGAUCAAAACUCACAAGCCUUCAAAGAAGUAGCUAUCAUUCGACAUCCACGUGUUGGUGAAUAUGCAUUUGGAUUCAUCACCUCAUCUGUUGUCCUUCAGAGUUAUUCUGGAGAUGAGGAGUUAUGCUGUGUCUAUGUUCCCACAAACCAUCUUUAUAUUGGUGAUAUCUUUCUUGUGAACACCAAGGAUGUCAUUAGACCAACAUUAUCGGUCCGGGAAGGAAUUGAAAUCGUCGUUUCUGGAGGUAUGUCAAUGCCGCAGAUCCUAUCAACACUUGAUUCACAUGUUGCAGUGGAAAUAAGUAGACCUGAUAGAAUGAAAGCAAAAGUAUAGUAUAGUUGUUCGUUCAGUAGCUUAUGUUUUUUCAUAUGUAGCCAUCAGAAUGGCAAUGCAACCAAUUUGUGUUGCAGAUGCAGGCAUUUAAUUUACAUUGUUGAUUUAUGAGCAAGUGUUAGAUUCUGAUGGUUGGUGUAACAUUCAUUUGUGUAAUAGAAUAUAGAAAUUAGCGAUUGUUUGGAAAUAUAGUUUGGAAGUACAGACUUACCACUUUCUACCGUGGCAGGCAGGAGUCCUGAAUUUUCUA